ACGGGCUGGUGGGGAUGUUCGACCCCAAGGGGCGGAAGGUGCCCUGUGUGGGAGUCAGCAUCGGGAUCGAGCGGAUCUUCUCCAUCAUGGAGCAGACACUGGAGGCUUCUAAGGAGAAGAUCCGGACAACUGAGACACAGGUGCUGGUGGCAACCCCCCAGAAGAACUUCCUUGAUGUAAGACUGAAGCUCAUCUCUGAGCUGUGGGACUCUGGGAUCAAGGCAGAGAUGCUGUACAAGAAGAACCCCAAGCUGCUGAGCCAGCUGCAGUACUGCGAGAACACGGGAAUCCCUCUCGCUGCCAUCGUGGGAGAGCAGGAGCUGAAGGACGGAGUCGUCAAGCUGCGAGUCGUAGCUACCCGGGAAGAGGUCAACAUCCCUAGGGAGAAGCUUGCUGAGGAAAUCAGGAGAAGGUUGGAGUGCUCUAGAACCUUUCUAGGCACAGAGGGUUGACUCAGGACCUGUUUCCUGCCAUGUGGAUUGUUUCCAGCCAUAGGAUGCACCAGGGGAGUAACUCAGCACUGCCAAGCCAGUGUUGGUUCUGGGAGGAUUUGGGCUGUGCUGAUUGGGCCAAAGGCUGGCCACCUCCUGCUGCCCUGAGAUCAACUAUACUCCAUCAGUCUUAUGACUUAGUACAGCAUCUCUGUGUGUAGGGAGCAGACACGACUCAAAGGCAUAGGGCAGAUAACAGGUGUUAACCCUUUCAGGUUACAUAGCAUGAGGAGUGGGUCUGUUUUAAUAUAUUAUGGUAGCAAGCUCGGGUCAAACCAGAACACCUAUAUUUGCAGUAAGGCAGAUUCCCUUCCCAAUGACCUAGGAGUUGGGGCAGCAUUAAUUUGUUAGUUGGAGGGAAUUCAUACCUGCUGGGUCCUGCACAAUGUCCAGAUGCCUUUGCAAGUUGACUCAACAAUGUUUGUUUAGACAUGCUGAGGGUGGUCUUAUAAAUAUCCCCACAUAUCCAACACCUCGGUGGAAACUAGGCCUUGGAAUCUGUCUGCCCUUUGCCUGUACAGGGCAGCUAUUAAUGGCUGAAAUGUCAGUCCCCAUCUACAUAACUCCUGUUCUCUCCCAACCCCCCCCCCCCCAAUCAUGGGGCUGAACUAGCAAUUUUAUUUCCCAGCUCAGCAGGAUGGGAGUGCCAUGGCUAGCCAGGACAGACAGGAUAAGUGCUGCAUAGCGAUUACAUCCCUGCUCCCAGAGAAUGAACCCAUCUACCCAGGUUUUAAUGAUCUCGUAUCUUCUCCAGUGGUUCGGACUAAGGUGAAUGAGGCUGUGAAUAAGCCAUGCUAUUGCUAAGACUGGAUUCUAUGCAAACAUGGAAAAAUGAUGUAAAUAAAUUACUGUGGAUUUCA